UAUAUGUAUAAGUUAAAUAUAUAUAUAUAUAUCGGUUCGGUUCGGUUUCUCUUCGGUUUGCAGAUCUUGCUGCCGGCCACCGCACCAGUCGACUUCGGUAACGGAAAAAGCCUACCGAUCAUCGCGCCGAGAACCUUCGGUGGAGCUUUCAGCGGUCGGAUCGGCGCGGUUUCGGGCGGUUUUGUCGGCGCCGGUGAAUUCUUGAACAGGCCUACGUCCUUACAUUUGUCUCUCACUUCAAGUCUUCAACAGCAGCCCUUUCCCUUCUCCAGUCAUUCGCUUCCUCCCCCCAUCUCUCUCUUUCUGUCAUAGUGUCAUAAAUGGAUGUGUAAACGCCGCAUCCGAGGUCGACGGGUACUGUCUCCGUCUUCGAAUCCCGGGUUGCCGCCUCUGCGUCGGUCGAUUUCUGACCCGUCUCCGUCUCUGGCGAAGACCUAUUCAAGGUCCUCGAGUUCUGGGGAUGUAAGUGUGGAUUUGACUAAGGAAGACACUCCCAACUCCAAUUCCAAGUACACUUCUUCGCCGGUACGCUUCUUCGCCGUUCUCUCUUUUCUUUUUUCUUUUUUUUCUUUUUUGCUACUUUGCUUGGUGCUUGGUGUUUGGGUGGUGAGAAAACAUGGGAAAGCAAAGGGUUUUCUGGGUUUGUUAAUAUUUACGGGUCCACCCCCACCCUCCACCACCGCCGCUCCACUGCCUAGAAUUGGGCCCAAGUUAGCCAUUUCAGGCUUUCAUUUGUAUCUGUGAGAGUGCCCAGAGAGAGAGAGAAUGAAUAAAGGCGGAGCAGGUGGAGGAGGCGGAAGUGGGAGCAGCGGUGGCGGAAGUGGGCCCACCGCGGCAGCAGCGGCAGCGGCAGCUCAGAAGCAGAAAACAUUACUACAAAGAGUCGAAGCCGACAUUGGCAGCAUCGUUGACAACUUCAGCCACCUCGUCAAUGUCUCACGGGUAAAUGAUCUUCCUGUCAGAAAUUCACAAGAAGCUUUCAUGAUGGAGAUGCGUGCAGCUAGAAUGGUUCAGACAGCCGACUCUCUACUUAAGUUGGUAUCAGAGCUUAAGCAAACCGCAAUCUUCUCCGGAUUUGCAUCCCUUAAUGACCAUGUGGAGCAAAGAACAGCUGAGUUUAAUCAACAGGCAGAGAAGACAGACCACAUGUUGGCAAGAAUUGGAGAGGAGGCAGCUGCCAGCCUCAAGGAGCUUGAAUUGCACUAUUUUUCUUCAGCAGAGAGGGCUAGUGAUACUCCGCAGUUGUGAAUGGGUGGCAUAAGAGAAGCAUGCUAAUCAGCAUUUGAUCCUACUCUUAAAGUACUGCGAUUUCUAGUUCUAGUUUUGAUCUGAUCAGUUUUUAAUUUCAUUGUAAAUGCUUCUUAACAGUCAGUACUAAAAUUGUCAAUGAAUUUAAUGGGUUAUGGUUCCAA